UGUUUUGAGCAGCGCCGCCCUCCGGCCCGGCCCGAACUCGUCCGUCUGCCUCUCGCCAUUGCAGGGGCGAGGCGACGAGGGUGAAAGGGGGAAGCGAUAGCGGCGAACGCCUCGAUAGCUCACGGCUCAGACGCGAUCAAGGGACACGCGGGGAAGGCCCGAGAAGUAGGGGGCAGAGCGUGCCGACGUGUUCUGCGUGAGACCACCACUACCAGCAAGCCGUUCGCCGCGAUGCCGGCGUCCCUGUACCGGGCAAUGUGAGGUCAAGCCGGCGGCUCUUUUGUGCUGGGACUACCGACACUGACAUAGUCAGCACGUAUACACAGAGCGGGAGAGGGAGAGAGACACGAAGAGGGACGGGGAGGAAGAAGAGGCAGAGUAGGAUCGGGGAAGAUAGAGAGGGAAGGUAGACGGGAGGUAAGAGAGAGACGAGCUCGUAGACAGGGAAGGCAGCCAAGGGGUUUGGGGAGACGACAGGGAGACGCACGGACACGGGUAGAAAGACCGGCAAGGUUGCAGACAGACGAGGAAACGUGGACAAUCGAGACACAGACAAGGAGCAAAGGGAGACAGACAAGGAGACGUAGACGAAUAGGGAAGACAGGGAGACAUACGAGAGGCGAGCUACAGAGGACACGGGGACAGGCAGACAGAGGGACAACAUCGGGAGGCAGGGAGAGACAUAGUGGAGACGAGGGGACGGAGAGAGACGGACACAGGGCGAGCAAGGGGAAGCCAUUUUGAGCGCGGCCAUGGCUAAGAAGACGUACGACCUCCUCUUCAAGCUGCUGCUCAUCGGAGACUCGGGCGUGGGCAAGACGUGCAUCCUAUUCCGCUUCUCGGACGACGCCUUCAACACCACCUUCAUCUCCACCAUCGGAAUUGAUUUCAAGAUCAAGACAAUAGAACUGGGUGGGAAGAAGAUUAAGCUGCAGAUAUGGGACACGGCCGGGCAGGAGCGCUUCCACACCAUCACCACCUCGUACUACCGCGGCGCCAUGGGCAUCAUGCUGGUGUACGACAUCACCAACGCCAAGAGCUUCGAGAACAUCAGCAAGUGGCUGCGCAACAUUGACGAGCACGCGAGCGAGGACGUGGAGCGGAUGCUGCUGGGGAACAAGUGCGACAUGGAGGACAAGCGCGUGGUGCCCAAGGAGAAGGGCGAGCAGAUCUCGAGGGAGCACAACAUCAGAUUUUUUGAGACGAGCGCAAAGUCCAACAUCAACAUCGAGAAGGCCUUCUUCACACUCGCCGAGGACAUCCUCAAAAAGACGCCAGUGAAGGAGCCGGAGAGGAAGGACGUUGUAGACACGACCAGCUCGAGCGGCGUGAUGGGCAUCAAGAGCAAGUGCUGCGCCUGAGCGGGGCCAUCGCUGCUGCCCCCCCUCCCCUCCCACUGCGACUCCUUCCCUCCUCCCCCUGCAACCCUCCCGAACCCCUGCCCUGUGACCCCUGAACCCGGCCGCCGACGACCCCCGCCUUCCCCUCCCUCUCAAGCUACCCAUCGGUGUCUGCUACUCGCACAUCCGCCCUCUCCUACCGUUGAUUUGUACUUAAACCGCGCGUGGGACGUGUCCGCGAUGUGUGAACGGAAGGAAAAGGCUCCGGUAAUACCAUCGGUUACGGCGUCGCCACCGUUAUUAUUAUUAUUUCAUUGUCAAUAUUUUUAUUCCUGUUUAUCAUUACUCGUCACAGUACUCGAUGUGCAUAGCGACGACAAUAAUAAUGAUGAUGAUGAUUGUUGACGAGUGACCUUAAAGCAUGCGGUCGAUCGGAGCGCCAGACGGAGUUAUGCAUUGUGCGCCUAGGCCCUCGGGCAAAAUCCGGCCUGGCUCGGCGGCACACCGGAGCGGACCACCGCGCAGCAGCAACCCACAGUGUGUCCCCCCCUCCCCCCCACCCGUGAAUCCAAUCCAGCGAGGUCUGUGUCGGCUUUUGGGCACUGGAAGCAGCAGCAUGAGUCCCCCAAGUGUCGCCACGGGUCGAUGUUGACUCCGUACGAUCGCAUCCGUGGGUUCGUGGUGGGGGGGGGAGGGUGCGUGGUGAGCGGCGUUCUUGCCGAAAAGCCGAUCGAAGUAAAAUACGAGUCCAGCAUUUUUGCCGCGGCACGCGUUUCCGUUGCGCGCAGGGCUUAGUUUCAGCCGGUUCAGUCUCCGGCACACCGAGUCCAGAGCACCACCGCGCCUGGCUACGGCUGCGGCUCAGAGUCACGUGCCAUUUAAUCCAGUCGAGCGGCGACCUAGAAAGUAUUUCCGUGCCCGGCACACCACGUCCAGAGAGGGUGUACCCUCUCGCUGUGGCUACGGCUCCAUUCUAGCAGUGACUCGUCAGGUAUUCGGUGAGAAAUUAAGCCCUGGCUGCACCCAGACCCCCCCCCCCCUCCCCCACAGCCAGCCGCCUCCCCCCACCCUACCUCGUGCAGGGAGCGACGAGUGGAUUUCUAACGCGGUCCCCAGGGAUGAAUACAAUUUAAACAAACAGAAGAGAACCACCCCCCCCCCCCCCCGAUUGUACACCGGGGCCUGUAAGCGCCGCUUCGAUUCGGCGAUUUCAAAUGGGGCGGCGUGAAGGCGCCGCGAUCGUUGGCGACGUUGCGGGGGGGUGGGGGGGGCGCUCGCUCGUGGGCGCCGGACGCAGUACGACGCCGAACUUGACGACUCAACGCGAUUGGUUGACCCUUAAAAUCGAAUAGUCGCCGCGACUCCCAUCGCCCGCCCCCCACUUCCCCUUCCGCGAAUCGUGACAGUUCGCAGGGGGAUAUGUGAAAUCGUUCCAGGCCCGUUGUGUUGUUGUUUUUGUUGGCCGGCGAUUGCCGCGCAGGAGGGUAGCGGCGUCUCGGUGGCGUCCCGUCUCCACGCAGCGGCGACCCCUGCUGCACGUGGUGGUGGGGGAGGCCUUGCCGGCGGAGUCCGUUUCUCGGCCUCGUCAUUCUUGCCCGAGGUGGAGGAGGGAGUUUGCUCGUCGGUCCCCUGCCACAACCUUCAACUGCCGGUGGUCGCGCGUGUUCCCGCGUGCGUGCGCGCAUCCGUGGGUAUGUUCCCGUGUGCAUGUCUGUAUGUUGAACUUCUUUCGCACUGUACUUGGCCAACCGUGCUAAUCGAAGGUGUGGGGGAAGAACGGCAAACUCUAAACUGUGCGUGUUCCCGCGUGCGUACAUUUGUGUGUGUGUGUGUUCCGCGUACGUCCAUGUCCAGGGCUUAAUUGCAGCCGCGCCUUCUGAUUAAAUAUUGACGCCCCCGGCACACCACAUCCAGAGGGAGCGUUACGCUCGCAAUGGCCGCGCGGGUCCCGUCCGAACUCGCGCGCCAGCUGCACCGGUAUCGCCAGCGAGCCGGGAUAUAUUUUCCGCUCCCGGCACACCACGUCCACGGUAGACUCUUGCUGCGGAUGUGUCGGCUCCGCAAGUUUCGUGCCGCGGCCAAAAUAACUCCCUGCCCGGCACUCGAGCCACGUGCCACCAAUUCCAUGUCGAGAGCGAUUAAGCCCUGGCCGUGCGUGCCUCCUUCGCAGCACCGCUGCCAAGCACUGGCAAUGCUUUGCUUGUUCGGACGAGGAGGAGGGGGGGGCGGUGAAGAGGUGGGUGUGUGUGGGAGCGUGACGAUGUCGCUGUGACGGGGCCGUGUCGAGGUAGCCCCGAGUGCGCGCUCGGUCGCCUGUGCCCUCGCGAGAGCGGCCGGCGCGUGCGCGAGAUGCCGGCGGGGUGGUGUGGAAAGUCGCGUCUCGGUGUGGGGGGGCGGGUACCACGACCAAUCCGGGUCCCCCCACCACCACCACCUCGCUCCCCUGCACCACCCCCAUCCUCGCCCAACAGCGACCACCACCACCUCCCCUGCCUGUACGCCCAUCCCAUUUUAAGGUAACCAGUUGUGUGUGCGUGUGAGAUGGAGAGGAAAUCCCACUUUGUAAAGCAAAACGAAACGAUAAUGUUGGCCUCGUGGCCGGACAGACGCAUAGUCUACUACUGGGUGUGUGUGUGCGCGCGCGCGCCGUAUGAAAACUACGCUCUGGUAUAACGUGGAAUAAAUGAAUGGCUCUACGA